AUGACCAGAGCAAUUUCAAUAGCCUUCCGGACUACAUUUCAUCGACUUUUCAUAUGGCACAUCACAUCAAAGUUCUCUGUUAAGUUACCACAUUCUGCUUAUAAGGAGUAUUGGCGUGACUUUCAGAAAGCCAUAUGGGAUACUGACAAUAAGGAUGAGUUUGAUGCAAAAUGGAAUAUUGUGGUUACAAAGGCUGGUUUGACUGACCAUCCAUGGCUAAGUUCAAUGUUUGAUUUAAGGAAAUCUUGGGUUCUAGCCUACGCACGACAAGUUUUUGCCGUUGGAAUGUCAAGCAGCCAAAGAGCGGAAGAGCUCAAAACAGAGGAUGCUUCUAAAGUUGUCUUUAACGUGAGCGAAAGGAAAAAUUGGGAAACAAGAGUGGCAGAAGUCGUAUAUGUCAAAGAUUCUGACCACGCAUCGUGUAGCUGCAAAAGAUUUGAAUUUGUUGGAAUUAUUUGCAAGCACAUCCUAGCAUUGUUCAGAAGGGACCAGAUUGAAUAUAUGCCCAAUAAAUAUAUUUUGAAGAGGUGGAAGAAAACUGCGAAAUCUGGAUUGGUGUCAGAUGCAAAUGGCAACGAAAUUAAAGACUCUGCAGAUCCUGGUCUUUUAAUAAAAUGGAGUACAAUGUCUCGACUUGCUUCAGAUGUGGUUGAGGAUGCAUUAAUGAGUGAAGAAGGAUGUGAGCUACUGUCAGAGACUCUAAAAAGUUUGCAGGUGAAGUUGAAGUUGUUGAAGGAUGGACCAAGUAAUAACGAAGUUGGAUGGACAUCACCGUCGAACAAUGACGAAUCAACUCCAAUAGAUCGUAGUGACCCAUUAUUCGACGAAUUUGACAGGAUGCAUGGACCAACUGAAUGA